AUGACGGAAGAACUUUCGGCGCCGCCUGUGCUAUCCACCCCAGACACACAUAUAUUAGACGAGACUCUUCCGGGGGCUACGCGGCAUCAGCCAGAAAUCUUGUCCGAUGAGCAAAUCAAAACAAGGUAUGAGAUAACGAGAACGGUCGAAGAAAUCAAGCAGCGAAGAUGGAAGCGAGUGGCCCUGCAGUUUCCCGACCACAUGCUUGCUCAUUCUGCCAGAGUCUAUCAACUUUUGGCUAGGGGUUUGCAAGAGCAAGCAAAGGCGACGAUUGGAACGGGCACGAAUGGCACAGGCUGUGGAGAUCCGGGUUCGGAGGAUCUUGAUGUAUCUGAGCUUUCUAUCGAGGACACGAAGCCAAUUAUGCUAACCAUACUGGGCGACACCUCGUACGGCUCCUGCUGUGUGGAUGAGAUCGCUGCUGAGCACGUCAACGCAGACGCAGUGGUCCACUAUGGUAGGGCUUGCUUAUCCCCAACUUCAAGAUUGCCUGUAUUACACAUCUUCACUACGAUGGACCUGGAGGCAACCCACGUGGUCAACGCUUUUCAAACGGCGUUUCCAGAUCUCGGUGCGAAGGUGGUCCUAACAGCUGACGUCCCUUACGCUGCGCAUGUACUGCCACUAUCCCAGAUGCUAAAAAAUGUGGGCUACUCAAAUCUGUUCGCUGCGUCAAUUGUCCACGAUCCGUCUUCAUCGAUUCCGAAUCGGACCGUCCCCCCUCUAGUUAUAGAAGAUCCUUCGUCCUUAUCAGAAUGGAAUCUGUUCCAUAUCUCCGACCCACCUACGUCCCUGCUGUUGACACUCCAGUCCCGUAUGGCCAGCAUACGGGUCUAUCCUACCAACGAGCCGCACCACCUGUCGCAUUCUACGACCGAGUCGUCGGCUCUGGAGACCUCUACGGCUCAACUCCUUCGCAGGCGUUACGGCCUGGUGACUUCUCUCACUACCGUCCCAGUCUGGGGUAUCCUGGUCAACACGCUCUCUGUCAAGAACUACCUGUCGAUUCUAUCACACGUCCAAUCGCUAAUCUCUAGCGCGGGGAAAAAGUCAUACCUCUUUGUUGUUGGGAAACUCAACCCUGCAAAACUGGCAAAUUUCUCUGAGAUUGGGGGGUGGGUGGUGAUUGGAUGCUGGGAGAGUUCUUUGGUCGACAGUAAAGAGUUUUACAGACCAAUUAUCACCCCAUUCGAGUUGGAGAUGGUUCUCCAGGGAGACCACCAGAGGGUGUGGACGGGCCAAUGGCGAGGAGAUUUUCAGGGCGUGUUAGAAGAUGCAGAGAGACGAAAUAAGAAUGGAGACGAUCAGGCUGGAGCGUCGAAUGGAUAUACUGACAUGGACGAGAACCGCGGAGGCGAUGUUGACCUAGACUCGGAGUCAGAAUCUGAGCCGCCCGAGUUUGACCUUCGGACGGGCAGAUAUGUCUCGCGUACACGGCCGAUGCAGAGAUCUCGACAGCCCGUUGCGUCGCUGUCCACACCGGACUCCAAUUCCAGCGGUGCUUUGCGGUCUUCGACUGCAUUGACCAAACGAUCAAACGGCACCAUGAUCACCGUCGGCGGUGUUGCAUCCCCGGCUGCUGAAUACCUUGCGCAAAAGCGGUCUUGGCGCGGCUUGGGCAGCGAUUUUGAGGUCAAAUACGAGGAAGAUGAAGUAGAGCCCGGUAGUGUGAUUGAGGAAGGAAGGACAGGUGUUGCGAGAGGGUAUACGGUUGGAGAAGAUCUUGAGAGAAGUUGA